GAAACGUGUCUCCGCUCCGCUGUUACCAAACGUCACGUCUCGUUAAGUCGUGUCUGGAAACGUGACGGACUCGCGGCAUUCGGGGCUCGGAACGCUUCUUCCGAACCGGACGGGCUCUUUGUUACAGAGACAAGUGCUGCAGUGGAUCUGAAGACGAGGACUAUGUCGACCUAUCGAAUCAUCAUUUGUUUAUUAAGAAACGACCUGCGUGUCCACGACAAUGAGCUUUUCCACUGGGCUCAAACGAAUGCAGACUACAUUGUGCCGCUGUACUGCUUUGACCCCAGGCAUUAUUUGGGGACUCACAACUACAAUCUACCAAAAACGGGGCCUUUCCGCCUGCGCUUCACACUGGAGAGUAUCAGGGACCUGAGAAACACACUGCUCAGCAAGGGCAGCAACCUCGUGGUGAGGCGGGGUGAGCCGGAGCGGGUCGUUGCAGCGCUCAUCAAACACUUGGGAUCUGUCAGCACCGUGGCUUUCCAGAAAGAGGUAACUUCAGAAGAGCUGAAUGUGGAAAAAAACGUCAAUGAUGUCUGCGACAAGAUGAAGGUCAAAGUUCACACCUGCUGGGGGUCCACGCUGUACCACAUAGAUGACCUUCCAUUUCAUCAUAUAUCUGGGCUGCCUGAUGUGUACACUCAGUUCAGGAAGGCAGUGGAGACCCAGAGCAGGGUGAGGCCAGUGUUCCCUAUGCCUGAGCAGCUAAAGCCUCUUCCUCCAGGGCUGGAGGAGGGAGAGAUUCCUACUGCAGAGGCCCUGCAGCAGACAGAGCCUGUAAGUGAUGCUCGCUCAGCCUUUCCUUGUAGUGGAGGUGAAAGUCAGGCCCUGGCCAGACUCAAACACUAUUUCUGGGACACUGAUGCAGUUGCCACUUACAAGGAGACGCGAAAUGGACUGAUCGGCGUGGACUAUUCCACUAAAUUUGCAUCUUGGCUGGCACUGGGCUGCAUUUCGCCCAGGUAUAUCUACCAUCAGAUCAAGCAGUAUGAGAGGGAGCGGACAGCCAAUCAGAGCACAUACUGGGUGAUAUUUGAACUUUUGUGGAGGGAUUACUUCAGGUUUGUGGCUAUCAAAUACGGAAACAAGAUAUUUCAACUAAAAGGACUGCAGGACAAGUCUGUGCCAUGGAAAAAGGACAUGAAGCUGUUCACCGCAUGGAAAGAGGGACAGACAGGAGUUCCCUUCGUGGAUGCCAACAUGAGGGAGUUGGCGAUGACAGGUUUCAUGUCCAACAGGGGGCGGCAAAAUGUUGCUAGCUUCCUCACGAAGGACCUGGGACUAGACUGGAGGAUGGGAGCUGAGUGGUUUGAAUACCUGCUGAUUGAUUAUGACGUCUGCAGUAAUUACGGCAACUGGCUGUACAGCGCUGGUAUAGGGAACGACCCCAGAGAGAACAGGAAGUUCAACAUGAUCAAGCAAGGCCUCGACUACGACAACAACGGAGACUACGUCCGGUUGUGGGUUCCGGAGCUGCAGGCAAUCCGAGGUGCAGAUGUGCACACGCCUUGGACCCUCAGCACCUCUGCGCUGUCACAUGCCGGCGUGUCUCUUGGUGAAACCUACCCCACCCCCAUCGUCAUAGCGCCUGAAUGGAGCAGGCACCUUAACAACAAAGCGAGGGGCACAGGACCUUCACCAAGGGGAAAGAAAGGCCCAUCUCACACUCCGAAGCAGCAUCGCGACAGAGGCAUUGAUUUCUACUUUUCCAGGAGCAAAAACCUGUGAUGUGGCCCAGAGUAAACACUAAAUGCUGUAGGUGGUUAAUGCUCAGAGGAUGAAAGCGCCACAGAUGCUGCUUGUUGAGAGAUGCAGGUUUCUGCUUUCAUGCUUUAACACGUGAACUUGUGUGCCUCUGCAGGUCCUUUCAUGGACUGCUCAUUACACAUCCUGUUGAACAGCAAAAGCCACAGUGUGGUUUUCUUUUGGUGCAGUAUCAGUUGAAAAUCUGUCUUAUGUUCAUGUGCAGCAAGUUUCUCUUGUGAUGUUUGUUCCAACUUUUUAUUAAAGUUCAAGUGCCUGUUUUUGGGAGAAUUACAAAA